AGUGGCAUGGAUCACUAUAGCAUUGUUCUGCUUACUUAUGUUUCAAGGUGGCCAUUUUCUUUUUACUUUUUUAAUACACGACUCAAGGUGGUAACACUAUAUUCAAGGUGGUUUUCUUUUACUAAUUACAAGGUGUCUCAUAUACUUAUGAAACUUCUAGUCUUCUAGAUGUCACUAUCAGAAUAAGUUUCCGUUCUUGAUAUCAAAGAUAUUUUAUAAUUUGGUGUUAUAUAUUCGUCAAAUUGUGACUUCGUAUUGAUAUUGAGACACAUAGAUGCUCCACUUUCAGAGCUUUGGUUGGUCAGAUGAACGUGACAGCAACAAAUAAAUCAACUUUAUGCAAUAUGCAAUGGAAAUGAUGGAGCGCCCUGAGACUAAACCAGUGCUUGAGCCUAGCUUCACAACCCUCCAAGCCAAAAUAUGGAAGCUUAAGACUACAAAAAAGAUACAGCACUUUAUCUGGCAAGCUCUCUCAAACUGCGUACCCGUCUGUAGCGCACUCUCCGAUCGUCACUGUGGAACCGAACGCAACUGUCCGCGGUGUGGCGCUGACGAAGAAACCCGAAACCACCUGCUCUUCGAAUGCCCGCCCUCGAUCCAAGCCCGGGCCCUCGCGGACAUGCCGCGUCUUCCGGGGAUAUUCCCGUGUAGCUCAAUAUAUAGCAACCUGAACCACGUCCUAUGGCGAGCAAAAGAAUUCGCAAUACCGGAUAAUAUAAUUGCCACUGCCCCAUGGAUUAUUUGGUUCAUAUGGAAAGCUCGCAAUGAAAAAGCUUUUAACGGCAAGGACAUCACUCCGCUGGAGAUUAUCCAACUUGCCAAGUCUGAGGCGGAAAGCUGGAAACUCGCCCAGAUCAUAGAGAAGCCGCUCGAGGAAGAAGCUAUAGUUGAAGAAAAUGCCCCACGACCUCCCCCAUCGCCCAUCCCAAAAUGCACGAUUGACGCCUCCUGGCACAAAGAAGAUAAUCUUUUUGGAGGAGGAAUGAUCUUGACGACAGAGGACGGGGUGACGACAUUUGGUUCAUUCGCUAGUAACCGUGUCUUAACCCCCCUACAUGCGGAGUUCCAAACUCUACUGUGGGCCAUGAAAUCCUCAAUUCAGUUAGAUCAUAGUGCAGUGACCUUCGAGACAGACUGCCUUCAGCUAGUCAAUAUCCUCGAAGAAGAUGAAGAAGACAAAUGGCCAUCACUGUUGGCUGAGUUCGACGAGUUUCACUUUAUCCGUUCUAUGUUUGCUUUUUGUUCCUUUUCUUUUAUUCCCCGUUCACUUAACUUCCGAGCCGACCGCCUUGCUAAAGGAGCUCGUUCUCGUGGACUAUCCUUUUCCCAUGUAAACACUCAGCUCCCAAGUUGGAUGGCUCAUGAGGCCAACCUCUUGGUAGCUUCUUAA